GAUCUGCAGCCGCUGGGGAGCUGCAGCCAGUGGCGAGUGUGGGGGCGGGAGGCAGCAGGUUAGGCAGUGAGAAGUUAGUGGCGCUGCUGGGACGGGGGAGAAGGAGACGCUUCUUCCUCCUGCUGGUCCUCUCGUUCCCGGGAUUGGCGGCGGCGGUGGCCGCGGCCGCGAGUGACUCGGCAGCGUCUCCGGCUCCGCGUGAGAACCAUGCUGACCGAUGGCGGAGGCGGCGGCACCUCCUUUGAGGAGGACCUGGACUCAGUGGCUCCGCGAUCCGCCCCAGCCGGGGCCUCGGAGCCGCCUCCGCCGGGAGGGGUCGGACUGGGAAUCCGCACCGUGAGACUCUUUGGGGAGGCCGGGCCGGCUCCGGGAGUCGGUGGCGGCGGCAGCGGUGCGGGCGGAGGGGACGCGGCGCUGGAUUUCAAGUUGGCGGCUGCCGUCCUGAGGACCGGGGGUGGAGGUGGUGCCUCUGGUAGCGACGAGGACGAGGUGUCCGAGGUACGGCUCGGGGACCCCCGCCUCCCACACAGCUUGAGGCACGAAUUGUUUCUGGGCCGGCGCAGGGCCGGGGCCACCCUCCCGCUGCCCAGGCGGUGUCGUUCUCUGACAGCGAUCGGCUCCAUGGCGGCAGUGGCAGCGGUGCGGGCCUAG